AUGGCCGGUGGAGCAAAGAAACCAGUCAACAUCUUCCGCCUCAAAAAUCUGGGUGAGCCUAAGGAGGUCUUCAACUGGAGAUUGUGGUUUGCAGUCAUCUCAUUUGGCCUGAUGGGCGCUGCCCGAGGUGUCGAUGAGGGGUUGAUCUCAGGCGCUUUCAACUCUAAAGACUUUCAACGCUAUAUCAACUAUGACUCGUACAGUGAGGUACAACGGACCAACAUCAAAGGAAAUGUCACCGCAAUGGUCCAGAUUGGAUCUGUUGGAGGCGCACUUUUUGCCUUCUUAGUCUGUGAUCGCAUCGGUCGUAUCUGGGCAACUCGCCAACUUUGUAUUAUAUGGAUCGUGGGAAUCGCAAUUUUCAUGGGUAAUAGUGGCAGCUUGGGUGCUGUCUAUGCCGGUCGCUUUAUUGCUGGACUCGGUGUGGGUCAGACAGUUGUCGUUGCUCCUGUAUAUCUUGCUGAAAUUGCCCCCGCUUCUAUCCGUGGACUUUGUACCUGUAUCUUCACGGGCUUCGUCUACCUGGGUAUUGUGCUUGCAUAUUUCGCCAACUAUGGAUGCGAGCUCAAUCUCGGUGAUAAGACUCACAACCGAUGGCUCGUUCCCACAAGUCUGCAUGUUAUCUUUGCCGGCCUAAUCUUCCUUCUCUCCUUCCUUCAGCACGAAUCACCCAGAUAUCUGGUCAAGCGCGGCCAGCUUGAAAAGGCCAUUUCCAAUCUCGCAAAAAUCCGUGGCCUAGCCACCGACGAUGAGUAUGUCAUGCGCGAGAUUUCCGCUAUUCAAACAACGCAUGCAGCUGAGAUGGAAGCUACAAUGGGGUCUGGCGCGAUCGGCGUGAUCAAGGAAACCUUCCUGGUCCCAUCGAACCUCUACCGAGUCUACCUCACAUUAAUGGCCCAGCUCCUUUCGCAGUGGUCCGGUGCUGGUAGCAUCACUGUCUACGCCCCUGAUUUGUUCAAGUUGCUAGGAGUCACCGGAAACAACGAGUCUCUACUGGUCACUGCUGUGUUCGGAAUCAUCAAACUAAUUGCCGCAGUUCUCUGUGCUCUGUUCCUAGUCGACGUUAUUGGACGCAAGCGCGCCCUUCUUCUUGGCAUCACCUUUCAAGCAAUCGCCAUGAUCUAUAUCGCCGGCUUCUUGACCUCCGUUCCCCUAAUGGGCGUCGACGAGAGCUAUACGGUGCCAGCCGGCAAGAAGGGCGCUAGCGAGGGUGCCAUUGCAAUGAUCUAUAUCUCUGGAUUUGGAUGGGCUCUGGGCUGGAAUUCUAUGCAGUAUCUUCUGACAGCAGAGCUCUUCCCCCUUCGCAUCCGUGCUCUUUGUACUUCCAUGGCUAUGACUCUCCACUUUGCCAACCAAUAUGGAAAUGCGCGUGCAGUUCCCAAUAUGCUCCUCCCUGUCGCAAAGGGGGGGAUUGACCCCAAGGGAACCUUCUGGUGCUUUGCUGCCAUCACCAUCAUUGGUGGGGUCUGGGUCUGGUUCAGUAUUCCGGAGACGGCCGGUCGCUCGCUGGAGAGUAUGGACCAUCUCUUUGCUUUGCCGUGGUACAAGAUUGGCCGGUAUGGUAACAAAGAUGCCGAUAAGCGUGACCAGAUUGUGGAUGAGAAGAUGGAGAUGGCGGUGCAGACGCACGGAACUGCUCACCAUAUUGAGAGACAGAAUAGCGAGAGCCAGGUUUGA